GAAAAGUAAAUGAUUGGUAUGUAUUAAUAAAUAUAUUUUCUGCUACCAAAGAGAGGCCAUCGGAUGAUUUAAUAUACACCUCUGUACUCAAUGUAGCAAAAUAAAUCAAAAAUCAGUUGGCAAUGAAGGAUAUUAUUUAAUAUAAUGAAACAUAAUAUGUAUUAUUUCUGAAGUAAUCACUGAUAGAAGAUGGGGGAUAAUUCAACUUCCGAAACAUCAUUUAAUUAUUACGAAGAUAUUCCGUCUAAGUCAAAUACUAAAGCAGUACAACACAAUGGAUCUGUAAAGGGAAAAUCUGAUACAAAGAAGACCAAUGAAGGCGAGAAAUGCGGUGUUAGCGUAAUUUCCAAAAGCAGUCAUGCAUCGAAACCUGUUAAGGAUCGAGAUGAGGACGGUCUCCUUCAUGCUGGAAGUCCCAUAAUGCUUAAUGCAGCUGUUGCCUCUGGUUUGGCAUCUAGCGAAUUGAAAACACCCAUUCGAACGGGAAAGAUAGACGUGGAACACGAUGGUUCAGUUCAUUUUAACUUUGCCCAUAUUGUAUCUGAAGACUCCCCUAGACUUUUUAGGAAAAACGUGGAUGGGACAAUUACUCAAGUUGGCAUUCCGGAGAGGGAUACAGAUAGCGUUGAUACAAACGCAAGCGCCGGAAACGUUGUCACAAAUGGAAUGAAAAAUUGUCAAAACUCUUUAAAAGAAUGUUGUAGUAAAAACAGUUCUUGGAUAAUUAAAAUAGUCCUAUUUAUACUCUUAUGUGUAUAUUCUGUCUAUUUUGUAUUUGCUAUCAUACAUAGUGUAGAUUCGGCCCGGGCUCUCAUAGUACUGACCAGCUUCGCUGUUUUCUUUAUCAUAUGGAACUUUGUUCGAGACCAUUUUGGGGACAGGAUAUUUGAUGCAGUUUGUGAACCCGCCGGGAAAGUAUUGAACAAGCAAUGGUUUUGGCUAAAAUGGGUCCUCGUGGUCGGUGUCUUUGUUGGUAUCGUAGUAUAUCUUGCAGUUGACGUUAUUAAGAACCCAAUGCAGUUGGCAUCUCUUGGAGGAGCGCUUGCUAUGCUCUGCUUCCUCUUUCUGACAUCAACAAAUCCAGAUAGGGUUCGAAUGCGUCCAGUUGCAUGGGGUCUGGGUAUACAGUUUGUUAUGGGUUCGGUGAUUCUCAGAUGGUCCUGGGCUUAUGAAGCAGUAGACUGGCUGUCGGACCAAAUCCAAGCAUUUCUGUCUUACGUCAUUGAUGCCAGUGAAGUUGUCUUCGGUGACCCCGGCUAUAUUGACCAUCCCUUCAUAUUUUUGAUGAUGCCUAUGUUGAUCUAUUUCGCUGCUGUGAUGGCCAUCCUCUAUUACAUUGGCGUCAUCCAGGUCGUGGUGUUAAAGCUAGGAUGGCUUUUCCAAAGGACUUUGGGAACCACAGCGGUCGAGAGUUUGAACUCAUCGGCUAAUAUAUUCCUGAAUGGUAUGGAUACCAUGUUGAUGUUGCGGCCAUACUUAGUGAAACUGACAAUGUCCGAAUUGCAGGCGUUGAUGGUCGGCAAUCACACUACAGUAGCUGGUUUCGCAUUUGCUCUCUUCAUACUUCUUGGAGCGCCUGGGAGACAUUUGCUAACAGCAGCGGUGAUGUCGGCCCCUGCUGGGAUGGCAGUAGCCAAGCUUAACUACCCAGAGACGGAAGAAUCACAAACUGGAGAUGACAUAACGUUGGAGGAUUCACCAGAGCGAAAUAUCGUCGAGGCAGCUACCAACGGUGCUAAGGUUGCAGGGCAAACGGUGGCUGCAGUUGUUGUUAACUUUGUGGCAGUGUUAGCUAUUCUUGCUUUCUUCAAUGCUACUUUAAAAUGGUUGGGAGAGAGAGUUGGUCAGGAUAACUGGAGCUUUCAGUUUUUCUGCUCAUAUUUAUUCCUGCCAGUCUCCUUGUGUAUGGGGGUCGAGUGGAAGGAUGCCAGAAACGUUGCCUCGUUAGUAGGCCUGAAACUAUUCACCAGUGAAUUCCUGGCUUAUGGGGAAAUGGGAGAAAUGAUAGACAGAGGAGAAUUAUCUCAACGUUCGGUGGCAAUUACAACGUACGCCUUGUGUGGAUUCUCUGGUCUAACGACAUUUGCAAUCAGUGUUGGAGUGUGGACCGCCAUAGAGCCCCGAAGACUGCAUGAUGUAGUCGCAAUGAUGCCCAGGACCAUGUUAAAUGCCAACUUUGCCUGCUUUCUCACUGCUUGCUACGCUGGUUUACUUUACAAUGAGGAUGUUGCCGGUGGUGGUGGGGGUAACAAUAGCACAAUAACCACCCCACCCCCAGAUUUCACUUGGCCUCCCUGGUUACCACCCAUAGAUGAGAUUAUAGGAUGUAUAAUAGACCCUGACAAUUGCCUAGAUUCAGACACUAGAUUGGCUGCAGGACAAUUCAGUAAUGGAACCUUGAAUGGAACCUUCUUCGGGCCUACUCCUACAGUACCAAUGAGUGCUGUAUAUAGUUAAUAUAAAACCUAGAACAAUUGUCAAUGAGUGCUACAACAAUUUAUCAUUAGACCUCUCUUACAGUACCAAAUGAGUGUUAUAAAAAGUUAACAUUAGACCUUUCCUACAGCACUAUUUAAUCUGUAUACAGUUAACAUUAGACCUUCUUAUACUGUUUCAAUAUAAGUGUUGUAGUAUAAAUUGGUGGCAUGACUAUUUUAGUAAUGUAUAAACGCUAUGUUUGAACACUGCCAUCAAAAUUAGAAUAAACGCAACGGCUGCGUUGAAUAUGAACGUUGUUAGAGGUCAACACUUUACGGGUCAUGUGAGGUCAAUGUGUCAUUUAUUGGUCCACUAAAAUAUGGAAUGAGAUUAUAUGUUAAGGGGAGUUCAAGGUCAGUUCAAGGUUGAUACAACGGCGCAUUGGACCUCCUUGUUUCUGGAUUUGAGUUAGAAUGUCAAUCGGAAGCAUAUGAAUCUAAAAAAAUCAAAGUCACGUGGAUGAGCUUUGCAUCUUUAUGUCACCAGAAAUGAUUAAGUUGUGACGUUUUAUGUUUUUAUGAUAACGGUUGUGCGUUCGAUAUCGUUGUCUGUAACGAAUUAAACGCAUGGUUACAAUUUGUUAUUGGUGAUAUUCCAUAACAUAAAUUCAUUUUAUUCAUAAAGACUUGAAGUGUUUUUAUAGAUAACAAUGACACUUCCCCUGCAGUACAUGGACUUAAUAUAUAGUAUUGUAUAUAAUUGUAAAAAUGUACUCGUCAAAUCAGUAUUUGUAACAACCUCUUGUUGUACUUAGAAAUUGUACCAAGCAACACUUUAUAAUAUUAUAUUUAAUUAGUAAUUUAAUAUUUAGAUACGCAAUAAUGUGCUUACGAUUAAAAAUAAAUUAUUGUAGUAA